CCAUUUUCCCCAACUCCACCCGGGUGAGUUCUCUCAUUUCUCUUUCUUUUUUCUUGGAGUCUAAGCCAAGGCGGGGAGGGAGAUAAAGGGGAAGGAGAGGGAAUGGAGUUCUACGAGGAGCUACUCUUGACGGCGGUGGUUUCCAUCCUCCUCGCCUUCCUGAUCGGGAAGCUCGCCGCCCUCGGAGGCACCGAGGGCGAUCUCGGCCGCGACGUUCCGGCGGAUGCGGCGGCGCUCCCGGCGGCGAUCGGUCGCGGAGGAGAGGUCUUCAUCGAGGAGAGGCGGGAGAGUGUGGGGGAGAGUGGUGGCUUGGGUGUAGAAAAGGUCGAUGAUGGUUGCGGAAGUGAAGCGGUUCUUGGAUCGGAGGGAAUGGAGGCUAGCGAGGUAGAAGAAGAAGGGGAGCGAUUGGAAAGAGAGCGAUUGUUGGAAUAUAUAUUGGAGAAGGCCCAGGAGGUAAGAACCCGUGAGUUCGAUCAAGAGGAGGAGAAUAUAGUAGAAGAAACUUUUGCUAAAGAGGAAAUCGUGAAGACUGUUGAUGACUUAGUGAAAGAAGGAGACGGAUUUCCCAAGGAUAAAGUUGGUGUGGAGAAAGUUAUGCAAUUGGAUGAAGGACAUGAGGGGACGGGAGAAGAGAAGAGGGGGAUUGAGGAGAAGUGGGGAUCGUUACUCUAUGGGGAGGAUGAUUGGGAGGGGAUCGAGAAGAGCGAACUGGAGAAGCUUUAUGGUGUGGCGGCAGCAUAUGCCGAUAGUAAGGAUGGUAAGGAAGCGGUGUCGAGGCUGAGUAGUGAUGUACAAAUGCAGUUGUAUGGGCUUCAGAAGGUUGCAACUGAGGGGCCCUGCUAUGAGCCGCAGCCGAUGGCUUUGAAGGUUACUGCUCGCUCCAAAUGGUCUGCUUGGCAAGGACUGGGGACUAUGAUUCCGGAGGUGGCUAUGGAACAAUAUGUAAACCUUCUGUCUGAAAAGAUUCCUGGCUGGAGGGGAGAAAAAACCCAAGAUGAAGCCAAACAUAAUGAUGGCACUGAUUCUCCCAUGGCGUUGGGAUCUGGAAAAGGAACACCUGAUUCAAACUCGUCUUUGUUUUACCAACCAAGUUCUCUAACUGAAAGAUUAUCAGAAGAUUCUUCUUGCACUCAAGGUGACGAUGUGGGUGGUCCGAAACCUUUGAAGCAAGGCACUUAGUCAGUGGAGACUUGGGGGACUUGACAUGCAAACAAGGGAACGCUUGAGGUGGAUAGUGGACUUGAAGGCCUUUUUAUUAAUAUUAUUAUUAUUAUUAUUUGGUAGGUUCUUUUUAUUGGUUGUUAAUGGCUAACUUGAAUUUAGGGUGACAUUUUAGUGAGAAAUUUUCAAUGCAGCUUCUUGUAGUCUAGUAUAUUUUGGUGCUCUGUCUAUUUUAUAUUUUAUUAGUAGAUAUAUUAUGAUAUUUCACUCCAUAACAUCGGCGUUAAUAGGUGGAAUUAUAUGAUUGGCUUAUCCACAUUUCUUUUGACUGAGAUUUAUGGAUAAAGUCCUCAAUCACAUUUAGAAAUUUUUAGCUAUUUCACGGUAGAAGGUACCACGGCAUAUGUCAUUGCCACAAUAUGAUCAUUUUUGUCAUCUUGGACUUAUGAUUACAAAAGUUGAUUUAUUCAGACAUAUAAUUGAAUCAAGGUAUUUCAUUGAGGUUGAGAGAUGUUUUUGGGAUAUUGUGAUGUCUACACAGGGCUUUAAAGCUUGAACAAAAAGUUUAUAAGGCAAUCGUUUGUUGAGUAAUUGGCCUCAUUUUUCAUGAGAAUUUUCGCUGCAGAAAUGAUGUUGGGGAAGACCAAGUCUUCUGUUCGAAAAUAAUUAAUACUAAUUGAUUCAGAGUUUUGAUUCCUGCCAUUUUGAUAAGCUAUCAUCAAACAAAGUGAACCUAAUGACCUGGCUUAGCAUUGAGGGUCCUCCCUGAUGCAUGACUAGUAUCUUUAUGUUGACCUUCAUUUGAAACAAGAGUAGGCUUGUGAGAGAUGAAAUGUAUAUCUGUUAUUUGCAAUACUAGCAAACAUAAAGGAUAACAUAUUCUGCUGAUUAUAUAUGUUUUUUGCUAUACUCUUUUCUUUUUGCUAGACAGAUUAUAUAUGUUACAAGAUCUGAGCGGGAGGUAACUAGCCACCAUAUGAAGAUUUUUUAGUCUAUUGGUUGGCUUAUAGUGUAGAUCAUCUCUCUAGAUUCUUAUUGCGGAUUUGCUUCUAGUGGCUUCUGCCAUUCGAAGGACAGAAUUUUAUUUAUUUGAUGUUGGUGCAACAACUCUGUCACCUACACUAGGCACCAUUUAACUUAUUUUCUGGUGGCUCCCAUCUAUUAUGUGGAGAUUAGUGUUUUUCUGGUUUAGAGUAAGUUGAUGCUAGUUUACAACUAGUUGUCUUCCCAUCAUUUAACUUCUCCAAGAAAAUAUUGUUGGGGCAGCUGCUGCAUAUGUAGGUCAUAUGGAGCACCCCGAAAAAUUUCGGAGUUGCCCUUGGAUGAUGGUUUCUCAGACCCUUGCAUUCUGUCUUCAUACGAUUUUCUUUGAAGCCAAGAUCAGACUGCAGAUUUUAAUGUCUUUAAAUUGAUCAAAAAGAGACACCUAGAUAACACUAGCCUACAGGAUCUUCCCAUAAGCUACAUUGAUUCCUAUUUCAUUCUUCCUAAGCCUAUAGAAAUGCUCCCUCAACCUUGCAAGUCAUAUUUUUAACAAUGUAAGCCAUAUACGUUUUCCUCUUUCACUGCAACGACCCACAACCUCCACAUAUAAGUAAACCUUUUGGCUUACACUGACCAGUCGCUAUACCUUUUGCUACAAGUUGAAGAACAAUUUUAGUUAGCUUUUAGGUGCAGAAUUUUGCCUGCAAUGGACCCAUUUAUGAUCAGGUCAGGUUUGCCUAGGUCCAUAUAUCAAUGUUGAAAGUUUUACGUUAUAGUUUUUUAAUAUUAAUUUGUUUAUUAGAAAACAAGCUAAAACUGACUGAAAAAAAAUCAGUUCUUGUUUUAGAAGUUGCGAAAAUUCCCUUACAGAUGUGGUAAAAAAUGUUAGGCUUGUUUUCAGGUAUAUAAAGACAUCAUGGUGUAGGUAUAGUUGAUCAAUUUUCAUUUACUUUCUUCUUGAGCAAUAACAUGCUCUAAUUUCUCAGUUAAAAUGUCAUACAUUGUACUAGCUCCACAUAGGCACAAACUUUAAAACUUAUAUUGAUCUACAUCUCGGGGAAGUCCUUUUGGAAUGCUGCUGUCAAAAAGAGGUUGGUUACAAAAUGUGAAAUAUUUUUUAUUAUCUUGUCCAUUCCUGUUGACGAUACAAUUCCUUUGGUGUAAGCCAUUUCGAAAACUUUUCCAUUUUUAUAAUUAAUUAUUAUAAAGCAAGCAAAUUGUUCUUUUCAAUAAAUUUAUUGAUAUUUUCUUAGGUACUUGAUGCAUCCACGGAAAUAAGUCCUUAAGAAAAAUUUAUAACCUUUCUGAUCUCAUUAGUUGGGGUUGACCUCAUGAAAGUUCCACAACCCAAUUUAUGAAGUUUGCAGCUUUUUUCUUUUCCUUCUUUCCCCUUUAGUAAUUACAGGAGAUGCCACCUUUCCAUGUUUGGAAACAGAACCUCACCCUACGUCCCAUGGGCAGUUUGCAGCUCUGUUAAUGCAUGUCUUUUCAAACCUUCUCAUGACUCGAAGCUUUCUUUGGCAUCUCCUUGUCCGGAUAAACCUGAGUUCACUCCUCAUGAGGCCUCGAUUGGUAGUUUCGGAUGCGACAAUACCAUCAUAGUUAAUUAUCCCAUCAUUUGGUCCCAUAAAAGAGAAAGUAGCAAUGCCAAUCAUUUCCAACAAAUGCUUUUGCUAGUAUUUACAUCUCUAGGACAGUCACAUGCGUAUUUGAAGUUCUCUUAACAUCAUAGUAAGUUAUCCCAUCAUUUGGUCAUAUAAAGGAGAAAGUAGCAAUGCCAGUCAUUUCCAACCUACUCUUUUGUUAGUAAUUAUGACAGUCACAUGCUUAUUUGAAGGUUUUUUCUUAACAUUUAGGGAAUGCUAUAUUGCUUAAAAAGUACUUUUUGUGACUGUAAAGCAGAAAAGCACUUCCAAAAGAUAAGUAUUUGUAACAUUGUAUAAAAGUUUCUACAAGAAGAAAGAGUCAAAAAAUGCCUUUAGGAGAAGCUAGAACGCGUCUCCUCAUUUUAUUAAGCAGAAGCAAUACCAACAGGCCUGAGAGCCAUGCAGCAUUUUGUAGCUUGUAUAAUAAUGCUAUCGGUUUUGUCAAUACAGUAUGUGAUGAUCACAGUGCUUUGUUGUGUUCAAUGUUUAAGUGCUGCAGGGAGAUUGCUUCUAGAAGCUUUUGACAACUGCUGUAUUGGACUGCUGAUAUCGACAAUCAUUAACCAUAUGAAACCUGACAUACAAGUUUCCGGCACUAGAAGGGUAGAUGCAUAGGUGACUUGCUUUGGAAUGAGUUCCUCAACUGCCCAAAAAUCUCAUUUUUUGGCUUCAAUCCUAAAGGGGUUGAAAUCGAACAUCAUUGGAUUAAUGGCAGAAUCUAGGUAAGGCCCACCUAUCUAGAUUCAGUCUGAUGAGAUUUAUCUCAAACUCAACCUUACCUGGGACUUCACCAAACCCAACCUGACUUGAUCUCACUUAGUCUACCGAACUUGACACAAUCCAACUUUUCAGACCCAAAUUAUACCCCAAAAAAGUUAGCCAAUCCUAUUCUAGGUAAGGCUCAAGGAGUUGAAAUUGCACUUCAUUUGGAUUAACGGUUGAAUCCAGGUAAGGCUUACCAAUCUUGAUUCAGUCUCUUGAGAUUUGCUCAGCUCAACUGAAUCUUUCAUCCACUUGACUGAACCCAGCCCAACCUGACUUGAUCCAACUUAAUUUGCUGAACCUUGUCCGAUCCAACCUUUCAAACCAAAGUUCAACCAGAAUUGAGUUAACCAAUCCUAGACCUAACCCAGUGUAAAUUUGAUGCGCAACUUCAAACAAA